CUGUGAUUUGAGAAUCCACGCCGAAAACAGUCCGCCAAAAUUUCCAAAUUGAGAUGAAAGUGUAGAUGCGAUCUGAUUUUUUGGUCAAAAUCAACUAAAUCGCUUGCAGAAUCGACUUGCUGCAAUCACUUAUUUGCUAGAUUGCGUGAUCUCAAUCUUAAUUUUCCCUCCAUAUCCUCAAGGAAGUUAUAAAGCCCUCUUCAUAUAUAUUUGGAGUAAGAAUCGCCCUUCUGUACAACUCAGAAUUUAACCCUAAUUUCCAGAUCAAGCCACCCAAAAUGGAAGGAAAACAAUCUGUAGAAGAUGUGUCAUCUGCAACAGCCGUCUUUCUCGGAGCCUUAGCCCCUGGUGUUAACGGUCCAACUUGGAAUGCAUUAAAAGGAGCAUUCUUCAUGUUGGGUGUUUGUCUUUGUGCUAUGUUGGGCUUAGCUUUCUCUUCUAGCGACUCUGCAAUGGUGCUUCAUGUUACCUUCCUUGUUCUUAUCACCGGCAUCCUAUUCUUUCUUCUCAGCGGCUUUCUUGCGCAGACUGGCUUGGUUACUGUUGAACAUCAAAUGCAGGAGAUAGGGUUAGCACCCAGUCAAGCUGACAAAACAAGUGAAAAGAACAAAUAAAGAAGAAAAGUUUUUGGCUAAUCAUAUCUUCUUAUUUAAGACCUUAAUUGUUCUUAUAGAAAAUUUUGAAAAUCAUUCUUUUGAUUUUGUGCUUCUUCUUUGAUAAGGUGAUGUGUAAUUUGCUUGAUUAAUGUUACUAGGGCAUUACAUGCACAUAAUGUAAAACCCAUAGAGAGACUAUGUAAUAAAAAGAGAAGUAAAGUAUAAAGGGAUGUUAAAUGUAAGAGUGGAGAUGGGAAUCCUAAACACAGCAAACCACAGAAACCAAACUGUAAAACUAAUGUUGGAAGCAGACAUUGAGUUUGACUUUGAUCUUUACAUUGACUUUGAGUAGAUUACUCUUCCAAUUCAGAUGCGAAAGACUAUAAGUAGACUUCGACUUUGAGC